AUGGAGCUUUCGAACCAAACCACCCAGCGCGACGCGCAGUCAGAUCUGUCGCGGCCCGCUUCGCAGCCGGCCGCCUCAAGUGCACCAGCAACCGCACCAGCUGCCUCUGCCAGCUGUGCUCAAGGGCAAGCAUCUGCGCAGACGCCCGACACCCCAUCAGAGAAAAUCGCGAAACCUUCAGAGCAACCGCAGCCCGCCCCGGCCGAGCAAGACCAGAACGGACAGCCUUUUGCGCAGAUUCAGCGACCGUCACAAACUCGCCAGCAGAAUCCUGCGCCUCAACAGCGAUCGCGCACGAUGGCGCGAGACAGAUACAACCAGCAGUCGCUGGGCCCUUUUCUGAAUUCUUCCGUCAAACAGGCUCGUGUAUUGUUAGUUGGCGCCGGCGGCAUCGGAUGUGAAUUACUGAAAAACCUGGUCCUUACCGGUUUCGCCGAGAUACACGUCGUUGACCUCGACACGAUCGAUCUUUCCAACCUGAACCGCCAAUUCUUAUUCCGACAGGAGCAUAUCAAGAAGUCAAAGGCUUUGGUUGCCAAAGACGCAGCAGAGAGAUUCAACCCCAAUGUCAACAUUGUCGCCCACCAUGCCAAUAUCAAGGAUGAGAACUUCAUUGUUGCGUGGUUCAAAGAAUUCAGCAUCGUAUUCAAUGCGUUGGACAACCUGGAAGCGCGACGGCACGUCAACAAGAUGUGCCUUGCCGCCGACGUUCCUCUGAUUGAAAGCGGCACCACUGGCUUCAACGGCCAGAUGCAGGUGAUUAAGAAAGGCGUCACUGCUUGCUACGACUGCACGCCAAAGGAAACGCCCAAGUCGUUCCCCGUGUGCACAAUCAGAAGUACCCCCAGCCAGCCGAUACACUGCAUCGUAUGGGCAAAAAGCUACCUGUUAAACGAGAUUUUUGGCGUUAGCGAGGAUGAAUCUGCCUUUGACCACUCAGAUGACGCGCAGAAUGCCCACGAAAUUGAAGAACUGAAAAAGGAGUCAGAGGCGCUAAAGAAGAUUCGAGAUGCCGUUGGGACCAAUGAAUUCCCCCAGAUGCUCUUCGACAAGGUGUUUAACAGCGACAUUGAGAGGUUGCGCUCUGUUGACGACAUGUGGAAGUCACGGAGAAAGCCCGAGCCUCUCAAGUACGACAGCGUCUUUACCCAAGCCACCCAAGCUGUCGCAUCCAAGGAGCAAAUCCUGAGCAAUGACCAGCAGGUUUGGUCUCUCGAGGAGAAUCUCGUCGUGUUCAGAGACAGCCUUGGGAGGCUGAGCAAGCGGAUGCUCGAGCUCAAAAAGUCCAAAGACGCAGCGGGACCAGAGCCCACCAUUGCGUUUGACAAGGAUGAUAUCGACACGUUGGACUUUGUGGCCUCGAGCGCCAACAUUAGAUCCGCCAUUUUCGCCAUUGAUUGCAAAUCAAGGUUCGACAUCAAGGAAAUGGCUGGCAACAUCAUCCCAGCAAUCGCCACGACAAAUGCAAUCGUCGCUGGUUUAUGCGUCCUGGAAGCGUUCAAGGUCCUCAACGGCGACUACGGACAAGCUAAAGAGGUGUUUUUAACCCCGUUCGCGGCAGGCCGGUUACUCGCGCCAGAUACCUUGCGACCCCCCAACCCGGAGUGUCCCGUCUGCGGAGUCUUCCACGCCAGAGUCAAGGUAGAUCUGUCGAGAGCGACACUGAACCACGUUGUGGAGCAUGUCGUCCGCCAGCAGCUCGGCUACGGCGAAAAAGACUUUGUCGUCAACAACGAAGUUGGUAUCCUGUAUGAUGCCGACGAAGACGAAAACUUACCAAGGAAGCUGCGCGAUCUCGGUAUCAAGGGAGGAAGCUUCCUCACCGUGAUUGACGAGGAUGACGAGGAGCCACUGGUGAAUGUGGUCAUUACUGUUGAAGAAAGUGCCAUUGAUGAGAAGGACGAGCCCGCAAAAGCUGAACUCGAGGGGCGUCUUGAGAUUCCACGCAAACCAAAGAAGCCAGCUGUUCCCAACGGCGAGGCCAACGGCAAGGCCAACGGCGAUCAGAACGGCACCAACGACGCCCAAGUAGUCGUCAUGGGCGAAAACAAGGGAGUCAAACGGUCUCAUGCUGGUGGUGAUGACGCUCCACCGACCAAGAAAGCUAAGCUGGCCGAGGACGAUGACGAUGACGUUAUUCUGGUGCAAGAUGCUGGAGGCGCCAUCGUCAUAAUGGAUGACUGA